CUACCUUUGCCCCUGCCUCGCAUUGUGCUCAGCAGACCUCUCCACCACCAUGUCGGGCAUCAGGGUACUGCUGCAGAAAAUCCUGAUCCUUCUGCAGGUUACUCUGUCUGUUGUGGUGGGCAAAACACUGAUGAUACUGUUCCCCAAUGCCAUGAAAAGAUACAUCCUGAAGAUGGGCGAAAAGAGCAGAAUGAACAGGAAUCCGAAGUUCACCUAUGAAAACUGGGGCCCCACUUUUUUCAGCUUCAAGUAUUUGCAGUUUGUGCUGAAGGUGAAGUGGAAGAGGCUGGAGGAUGAAGCCUACGAGGGACACCCUGCUCCCAACACGCCCGUGGUGACCCUCGGAGGGGAAGUUUGUCACCUCCUGGAUUUCAUGAAAGAUAACCGACCUUUAAUCCUGAACUUUGGAAGCUGCACCUGACCUUCAUUUAUGCUGAAAUUUGAUGAGUUCAACCAGCUUAUCAAAGAUUUCAGCUCAAUAGCAGAUUUCCUUAUCAUCUACAUUGAGGAAGCUCAUGCAGUAGAUGGAUGGGCUUUUAAAAACAAUGUCAUUAUUAAAAAUCACAGAAGCCUUGAAGAUCGAAAAAUUGCAGCACAACUUCUUCAGAAAAAUCACCCUCUGUGUCCAGUGGUUUUGGACACUAUGGAGAACCUGAGCAGCUCAAAAUACGCUGCGCUGCCAGAGCGACUCUACAUGCUGCAGGGAGGGAAGGUCAUCUACAAGGGAGGAGUGGGGCCUUGGAAUUACCACCCCCAGGAAAUACGUGCCAUCCUGGAAAAACUGAAAUAGAAAAGGAAGAGGACUUCGAAGCAAAAACUAUUUGGAUAAAGAAGUUCAAGAAUAGUAACUUACUACUCUUAUCCCACAUGCAGUAAUGUGGGAGCUGGGUCCAUUGAGCUCUGGAUACCAACAUUCACACUUGUAAGGAAUUUCCUGCAGGAUGAACUUCAGGGUGGUGACAUUUGCAAGAGUCCACUAGCAUGCAAAGCAACUGAUUUCACAUUAAUAUACACAUUGCACUUAUGUAUAUAAAAUGUUCCCUUUCAGUGACUUCAGGAGGCUUCUGAGCAAGACAAUCUCAAUCAACAUCUGUUUCCAUGAAUAUUUGUUAUGAUGGUCCCAGCUUAAAGCACUGGCGGCUGUGACCUGAUUCUAGAAAAUAUUUAUAGAAACAAGGGGUUGAUCUACAAUUAUUAAAAGUUUAUCAAAACACUU